GAGGAGCUGUGGGAGAGACACGGCUCCUGAGAGAAGGAUGCGACAUCUGGACCUAUCCUGGCUGGGACUGGGGCCCACGUCAGCCUCACCAUGGCUUCUCUUUGUCUUGGUUGGGACUUCCUGGCUCUUGGCCCACUGCCUCAUCCAGAUCUUCACUUUGUAUGGAAAGUGUCAUCGUCUCCGUGGUUUCUCUCAGCCACCCAAGAGGAAUUGGUUUUGGGGUCACUUGGGCAUGUCCCCUCCCACAGAACAAGGCAUGAAGGAGAUGACUGAGCUGGUGGCCACCUACCCCCAGGGCUUCAUGACCUGGUUAGGUCCAGUGGUUCCCCUCAUCCAUCUGUGCCACCCUGACAUCAUCCGGUCUGUCCUCAGUGCCUCAGCUGCUGUUGCCCCAAAGGAUGCCAUCUUCUACAGCUUCCUGAAACCCUGGCUGGGGGACGGGCUUUUGGUGAGUGCUGGUGACAAGUGGAGCCGCCACCGUCAUAUGCUGACACCCGCCUUCCAUUUCAACAUCCUGAAGCCGUAUGUGAAGAUUUUCAAUGACAGCACCAACAUCAUGCAUGCCAAGUGGCUGCGCCUGGCCUCAGGGGGUAGCACUCGUCUGGACAUGUUUGAGAACAUCAGCCUGAUGACCUUGGACACUUUGCAGAAAUGUGUCUUCAGCUUCGAUAGCAACUGCCAGGAGAAGCCCAGCAAAUAUAUCGCAGCCAUCUUGGAGCUCAGUGCCCUAGUUGUGAAAAGAAAUGAGCAGCUGCUUCUGCACAUGGACCUGCUCUACCGCCUCACACCUGAUGGGAUGCGCUUCUAUAAGGCCUGCCGCCUGGUGCAUGACUUCACUGAUGCCGUCAUCCAGGAGCGACGUCGCACUCUGCCCAGUCAUGGUGGUGAUGAUGUCAUCAAGGCCAAGGCCAAGUCCAAGACUUUGGAUUUCAUUGAUGUGCUGCUGCUAAGCAAGGAUGAAGAUGGAAAGGAGCUGUCAGAUGAGGACAUCAGAGCAGAGGCUGACACCUUCAUGUUUAGGGGCCAUGACACCACGGCCAGUGGGCUCUCCUGGGUCCUGUACAACCUGGCGAGGCACCCGGAAUACCAGGAGCGCUGCCGGCAGGAGGUGCGGGAGCUGCUGAGGGACCGAGAGCCUGAGGAGAUUGAAUGGGACGACCUGGCCCAGCUGCCCUUCCUGACCAUGUGCAUCAAGGAGAGUCUGCGGCUGCAUCCUCCAGUCACAAUGGUUUCCCGCUGCUGCACCCAGGACAUUUUCCUCCCAGAUGGCAGGGUCAUCCCUAAAGGCGUCAUCUGCAUCAUCAAUAUCUUUGGAACCCAUCACAACCCAACCGUGUGGCGGGACCCUGAGGUCUAUGACCCCUUCCGCUUUGAUCCAGAGAACAUCCAGGACAGGUCACCUCUGGCAUUUGUUCCCUUUUCGGCGGGACCCAGGAACUGCAUAGGACAGACUUUCGCCAUGAGCGAGAUGAAGGUGGCGCUGGCGCUCACCCUGCUGCGCUUCCGCGUCCUGCCCGACGACAAGGAGCCGCGCCGGAAGCCGGAGCUGAUCCUGCGCGCAGAGGGCGGGCUGUGGCUGCGGGUGGAGCCGCUGAACACGGGUGGACAGUGACCCAUCCACUUUGCCCCGGACUUCCUAGUAGGUAGAUAGGCGUGAGUCUGCCUUUGUAGAUUGCAAAGGACAAACUGUGCUGUCACCCUGCAAGCAGGGGCUGUAAGUAGUCCACCCAGUGGCUACGGUGGUUGAUUUGAGCCAAAGAUCCCUGACUUCCUCGGGAUGAUCACAGGCUCCUAUGGUGAGGGUUCAUUCUCUAGCCAAGCUGCGCUACUCUGGACAAUAGGGAGCCAAGGGGCGGUGACCAAACAGGUGAGGGAACAGGAUGAAGGGCCAAACAGACUCAGAUUCUCAGAGGGCAAACCUUUAAAUAACACCACCUUGAUCCCUAUUCUAAUCUCAUAUGCCCAUCUUCUCUCACCUCGGAAUUCUGAUUCUGUGGGUUCUAAGUUUCUAUGCAUAUUAAAUCUAACAAGCUAUCAUUUUGCUUUGUUUUUGAGGUGAUGCUGCACUGUGUUGCCCUGGGUCGUUUUCAAACUGCUGGUCUUAAAGGAAACUCGGCCUAAGCCUUCCAGCCACCUGAAACUGCAGUCUUUGGGACACCCUAUUGGGCUAGUCUUGGUUCUUCGUAGUGUGUCUGAUCAUUGUGCUGUUGUGCCCAUUUUCAUAGUGAGAGGACCCCAAGGAGGUGAAGGUGAUGAUGUUAGGUGUCUUUCAGCACUGUGGACAGCAACGGCUCGGGCCUUCCUACUCUGGCUGUUGGGGAGUCCACCGUGGCAUGGAGUUAGGUCUGAAAGCCUUUCAGGCAUACCUUACGCUAGCUGGCUAGUUCAUUAGCUUAAUGGAACAGCCCUUGCUCAGCACAUGUGAAGCCUUGCUGUCCUACAUAAAAAAACAAAACAAACAAACAACAACAACAACAACAACAACAACACACACACACACACACACACACACACACACCCCAAAAUGGGGGAAAACAGUAAAACAGGACUCCAAAAAGAUUUUUAAGAUGUUUAGUGUCCUCCUUUGGAAGCCACAUUUGUUUUCUUUGCCUUUAGUCUUACUCCAAAUGUUUUUUCUUAUCCCAAUCCACAGAGUUCCAUUCACGGAAUUAAACAAAAUUUUAAUAUUUUAGGAAAAGAAUAUCCUUUAUUAGUAGCACCGUCUCACAGGAACUGGUAACAAUGAGAUCAGCUCUCCCCACCUAGAAAACAAAGCCAGUGAGUGCCUUGGAGCAGCGUUUAACCUCUGUUUGCCUAACUAAGUUGUGAUGAAACAAUCCUAUUUGCAAGGUGGCUGGUCAACUCUCCGACAACUCCAAAAGAGGCAAUGCAGUCCUGGAGCUGGGCUUUCCAUUUGUUAUCCUUGGAUGUCUAGUAGAGGCAUGGUUGCCCCUUCACAGGAUAACUCCAUUUUAACACCUGGUAUACGUGUAUGCAUGUAUUUUAGGGAGCUUCGACACUAGUGGGUUUCUGUAUGAUUUUUUGAAAAGUCUUUAAUGUUAAUUGUCCCUCCCCAUAUUCCUAUCUACCCCAUUAAGCUCUUCUAUCAUGAUUCCCCUUCAGGGCUUUAUACCCUUUGCUCUGUCCUCUCCCCUGGGAAUUCUGCCUCCAUGGCUUCUUACUAAUUUUCUGACCUCUGCGGCCAUUCCACUUGUCUCUCAGCCAUUUGUCUUUUGUCUUUUGGGAACUCUCUGUUCAGCUCCAUGCCUUACUUUUCAAUUGGGUUGUUGGUUUUCUUGAUGUUUCACAGGAACUUUUGAAAGUUAGAUUAAUGCAUUUUGUAUUAUGCGAUGGCCAUGAGCCAGUAAGGACAAGAAUCAGUUUUAAAGAGGUGUGUUUUAUUGUCAAAUCAACAAAGAAUGGAAUUGUGGAAUUAUAUUGAUAGUUAACAGGCAGAGUCUAAAUUCAUGUCAGAGACAAAUUUCUGUUCACGUCUCUGAGGGAUUAUGCAGAUCAGUUAUCUUCUGGGCGUGGCUGUGAGGGAUUAUGCAGAUUAUGUUAAUUGAUGUGGGAAGACCACCCUAUCUGCCAGGAGAGAAUAAAGAUAAGGUGAGUGGAGCUGAGCCCUGACAUUCUUCCGCCUGCCGCCUGGCUGUGGAUAUGUGACCGGCUGCCCCAAUCUGCUGCCACCGCCUGUCACGAUGGACGGUGUCCUCAAACUGUGAUCUAAAAACAAACCUUCCUCCCUUAUUGCCUUUGUCAGUUAUUUUUCCACAGCACGGGAGAUGAGUAAUUCUCCAUCUCCUCCUCUUCUUGUGCCUUAACUAUAACUUUUAGUAAUCUUUAAACUCUGACAGUUCCGACUUCUCCCUUCCAGACAUUUUCCCCCACCUUCAUUUUUUCAGAUUUAAUAGUGAUCCACAUACAAAGCUGACAUCCUUUCCACUCCUAGCCUUAGAAACUCGUGUCUUCAUACACUAAGUACCACCACUGUUAUCACCACCAGUACUCAUCUCCAAAUAGUUACUGAAGUUGAGUGAAUGACUAUUUUUAACUCAUCAUUAUAUUUACAUAGUGGAAAUAUCUUGGAAUUGUGGUUGCUUCUAUGGUUGAUAUGCUGUUCUUGGAGUGAUAUAGACCAUCAUAUUUGAGAAUGUGAACUGAUGGGUUUAGCUAUUAACUGUAAACAUCAACCUUCUCUAGCCUAGCCUUAUUUUAUCAUUGCUCAUUCAGCAGCUGGAAGAAUAUAGCUAAUUAAAGGAAAUCCAACCAAUGAAAUAACACUUUCAGUUUUGGUACAAAGAUUAAAAAAACAA